UUUGUCGCUGUCUGUACUAUCAAUGUGACAACUCGGAAUUUCUAAUACACGUGAUUUAGCUGACGCGUGCUUUCCUCACUUCCAACCUUUUCCCUCUCGUCCCAUUUCUGUUCCAGUGCGGUCGAAUAUGGAGCAUUCCACGGAAGAGUCGGAUCUGUACAACGAGUUCAGAGAGCGGAUUAGAGAGGCCAUCUUGCGGCGGCUCGAGGCGCUGUCUUCAGAGGGACAUCAACUUUCGCAAAGUCAAAUUCAGGACUUGGUCUACAAUCUACCUCGGCUCACAGAGAAACAAGUAACAGAUUUAGGACACAAGGAUUCAAUGUGUCCGAUAUGCUUGACACCAUUUUCGACCCUGCUUGCUGAGGAAGAAAUGGCAAUAGCGAUGGACUCACCGGCGCUCCCAAUUGAGGAACUCGGGGUGGCCCGACUUUCACAAGAGUGGCAAUGUGGUCAUCUAUUCUGCAGAAGGGAUAUAACCCGGUGGAUUCAGGACUCGCAUGAUUCGUGUCCUAUGUGCCGACAGGCGCUGAUGCGCCGGUCUGAAGGAGAGUCACCACCACCGCCAUUUCCAGGCCCUCUACAAGACGGUGUGAAUGGGUUGAACGUUGAUCCAGAUCAUCUGCCGCCGGAAAUACAAGAGUUACUUGUACAUAUGAAUGCUAGGGGUCCUUCUGGGUCAUUUGUGCCAAUGUUCAUUCCACCCAGUAAUACGGAUGUUGGACGUGAUGACAGGGAUGAGUAUGCGGGAAUGUAUUCGUGAGACUGAGCAGUUAUAUCCCAGCUGCUUGUACUAUUUGGACCUUACUAUCACGGCAGAUGUUAUUCCCAGUGAACAGAGCUCUCAUCUUGCAAUUUCAAAAACAACUUUUCUCGAUGUUCAGACCUAGUUUUAGGACUUCUACCUCGCUAGGAGGCAUGACCCAUAAUCGAUAGCGAAAUAGGGAAGUCAUACGCGACAGAGGAGAUUCGAUGAAAGCAUUUGCACUGCACAAUAACGUCCGAUGUAUGAAUCCAAGAGAUAACAGAGUUACGGUUCUAGUUCCUGCGACAGCACCUGAACAUAUUCCGCUUGAAGAAGUAGAACAAGCACUAGGAAAAAUGAACAAUGA